AUGGUAGGAGUUUAUGUGCCGGAAGAAAUCGUGACAGAGAUUCUACUCAACUUGCCGAUCACAUCAUUGGUGAGAUUCACUCGUGUCUCGAAAACAUGGCGUGAUUUGAUCCGAAACCCUGAUUUUGCUGACAAACAUUGGAACAAAAGCAGCCACAAAAACAAUACGAUCUUCCUCAAGCGACACAAUGGAAGCUGCAGGUUAUUGACCCAAAAUUCCGACAACCACCCUGAUCAGGUUCAGGCCCGAUUUGUUUUCUCCUCCCCUGUUCUAGACUUUUUACCUGUGAAAUCACAGCUCCUUCAUCUUUUAAAUGGCCGCUGGAAUGAAUGUGGUGUUCUGGGUUUUGGUUUUGAUACUUUAUCUAAUGAUUAUAAGGUCAUCAGGUUAGGGAGGUUCGAGCGGUUUGACUAUGCAAUAACAUCUCGCCGUGCUGAAAUUUAUAAACUUGGUACCAACUGUUGGACUCAUCUUGAUCUCCAGAAAUUGAAGGUUAUUAGAUCAAUUGGAGGUAAUGCUGCAGCGGAUGCAUAUUUUCUGGGUGAUUUUGCUGCUGCUGGAAGACUCUAUUUGGAGGAUACUUUGAAGGGAAAUCUUGCUCCUGCAGGAGGAGUAUUUCUGAAUGGUUGUUGCCAUUGGUUAGGUCUGAAAACAAACUUGAUUGUCACCUUCGACUUCCGGACUGAAUUCUUUGGCCUGAUCAAAUGCCCAAUUUCGAGAAUAAGGUCUGUUAGUCCAACGGCAACUCUGUCUGUCUUGGAUGAUUCCGUUGCAUUGAUCACCUCUUCCCCUGGAUUAAUCGAAGUGUGGGUGAUGAAGAUGAUACUGCAGGAAGAUGAAGACGGGGAAGGAGGUUCAUUAUUCUUCUUGUGGUGUUUGAAAUGCUCUGUAAGAUUUGGCCAUGAAGUAUAUUUUGGGAAAAUAUUAACCUGUUGGAAUGACGAUUGGCUUCUAUUAAGGUCUCGAUGUGGUAGAGGAAUAGUUUGUUGCUUUAUCGGAAAAGAUGGGUAUAUUAAAUGCAAGGCUGAGGGGUUUGACAUUGGUUGGGCUAAUGCUCUGUCUGCUGUGCUUUUUCAACCAACCCUAGUUUCUCUUCAAGAAACACAGAGGAGAGUGAAAAAGUGA